UCUGUCCGACGUCUUCGUCUCACACUCACGUAACCUGUUCUACCUAUGAUUCUCACGAUGGCACCGAACGCUAGGAAAGACCCCGCGACGCCUCUGGCGACAUCCAGCGACCUCCAGCGAUGAUGGAUGCACCGAAUUGCAGCGAGAUGACUCCGGUACAAGCAACACGGCUGCGGUACGCGCUGUGCCAGCCAGGUCGUUACAUGGAGUCUGCGAUACGCCACAAAACCGAAACAGACUGACGUACAGUUCCAGAUUGGUUGGAAAGGCUCGACAAUAUGUUGUCGAAGUCCCGUGGAUACUUCAGGAGGACGGCUGCUCUCUGGAGGAGCUUUCGGGCGUACCAAACUUCCCGACGGGCCCUGGGAGACAAGCUUACGAGGUGUACGACUACGAGUCAUGUACCUCUCGAGCUCUCUGUGUGUCAGGCCGUUAUCCUGUUGGUAGAUGGAAUGCUUGCUUUGGCAGUAUUCUCGUUGACAGAAGGGGAGCGUGAAAGCAAGAAUCUCAAAAACCAGACUAUGUGAAAAGCGCCGGAGUCUGAAAGUUGGCUGCGUGCCUCCAGGGUCGUUUGUAGAAGAAUCGCAAAGUCAUCGGACCUUGAGAUUGCAGAUCGUGGUACACCUCUCACAUCGACAAAUAAGCCCAAAACUCUUAAUCCUGAUCCAUC